UGCUCGAAGAAAGGGGGACAGCGUCAAGGCUCCCAACUGCAACGUUCAAAUGCUAAGAGGACAGGUUGCGCCAAAGGAUGUCUGUGUUGCAUCGAAGACACAGGCACAAGUUGCACGCCGAACAGCAACUGCCCGGGAGAAUGCAAGAAAAAUUGUUUAGCAAGUGAAUUUGAAGUUGGAAACGCCUGCAGUGCUGAUUGCAAAUGUUGCGUUCCUUUCCCCACGACUUGCAAUGCGUCGCCGAACACCUGCAAGGGAAAGUGCACCGACACGAGAGAUUGCAAAGAUGUCGACCUUCUUCCCAACUCCUCCUGUGAUGACAUCGGCUGCUCGUGCUGCCUGGACUGCACUAGAGAGGUCAACUGCACAGCUCAGAGAGGUGUGUGUCGCCAGAAUUGCUUAAAUGCAGAAUCGGAACUUCCCAAUGGAUGCACGGGCUUCAACUGCAAAUGUUGUGUUCCUCCCAAUGUAAAUUGCCCGGACACACCUGCCACUUGCAGAGGAAAGUGUGUGGACGACCGAGAGUGUGGUGUCAAUGAUCGUAUUGUGAAUUCCGCUUGUACCGGAGAAUUUUGCACAUGUUGCAUAGACUGUACUGAGCUAACCAACUGUACCGCGGAAAGAGGAGUCUGUCGCCAGACUUGCUUGACAGGAGAAUCAGAAGUUGAGAAUGGAUGUUCAGGCUUCAACUGCAAGUGUUGUAGACCUGCUGAUGAAACGUGCCCGGCCACACCCGCCACCUGCAGGGGAAUGUGUAAGGACAGUAGACGGUGUGCUGCAGCUGACCGUAUUGCCAAUUCAACAUGCACCGGAGAAAAUUGCACGUGCUGCAUAAACUGUACUAUACAAGCAAACUGUACCGCGGAAAGAGGAGUCUGUCGCCAAACUUGCUUGACAGGAGAAUCAGAAGUUGAGAAUGGAUGUACAGGCUUCAACUGCAAGUGUUGUAGACCUGCUGAUGAAACGUGCCCGGCCACACCCGCCACCUGCAGGGGAAUGUGUAAGGACGAUAGACGGUGUGCUGUAGCUGACCGUAUUGCCAAUUCAACAUGCACCGGAGAAUUUUGCACGUGCUGCAUAAACUGUACUGAGCUAACCAACUGUACCGCGGAAAGAGGAGUCUGUCGCCAAACUUGCUUGACAGGAGAAUCAGAAGUUGAGAAUGGAUGUUCAGGCUUCAACUGCAAGUGUUGUAGACCUGCUGAUGAAACGUGCCCGGCCACACCCGCCACCUGCAGGGGAAUGUGUAAGGACAGUAGACGGUGUGCUGCAGCUGAUCGUAUUGCCAAUUCAACAUGCACCGGAGAAUUUUGCACGUGUUGCAUAAACUGUACUAUACAAGCAAACUGUACCGUGGAAAGAGGAGUCUGUCGCCAAACUUGCUUGACAGGAGAAUCAGAAGUUGAGAAUGGAUGUACAGGCUUCAACUGCAAGUGUUGUAGACCUGCCGAUGAAACGUGCCCGGCCACACCCGCCACCUGCAGGGGAAUGUGUAAGGACGAUAGACGGUGUGCUGUAGCUGACCGUAUUGCCAAUUCAACAUGCACCGGAGAAUUUUGCACGUGCUGCAUAAACUGUAAUGAGCUAACCAACUGUACCGCGGAAAGAGGAGUCUGUCGCCAAACUUGCUUGACAGGAGAAUCAGAAGUUGAGAAUGGAUGUACAGGCUUCAACUGCAAGUGUUGUAGACCUGCUGAUGAAACGUGCCCGGCCACACCCGCCACCUGCAGGGGAAUGUGUAAGGACAGUAGACGGUGUGCUGCAGCUGACCGUAUUGCCAAUUCAACUUGCACCGGAGACUUUUGCAUGUGCUGCAUAGAUUGCACUCCGCUCAACAAUUGCACUGCUCAAAGGGGCGUUUGCAAACAGACUUGCGCACAAGGCGAAACGGAAAUUAACAACGGAUGUUCAGGGUUCGGUUGCAAAUGUUGCUCUCCUCCUCCUGCAACAUGCCCUGCCACAUCCACAUGCCAGGCACAGUGUGUGGAUUCCAGGCAGUGUGAAGCAGCUAACCUCAUAGCUGGUUCAACAUGCACUGGUGAAAACUGUGUUUGUUGCUUGGAAUGCACUGCACAGCCAGAUCCCACUGCUCAGGGGGGCGUUUGCAAACGACUUGCGCACAAGGUAAAAACGGAAAUUGACAACGGAUGUUCAGGCACCGGUUGCAAAUGUUGUUCUCCUCCUCCUGCAACUUGCCCUGCCACAUCAACAUGCCAGGAAAGUGUGUGGAUGCCAGGCAGUGUGAUGACGUUUAACAGGUUCAACCGUAAUGGAGCAAAUUGUGUCUGUUGCCGAGCAAGUAAUGGAGAGAGGCUAGCUGUUCGGCUUUUCAAAGUUGUUACGAAGUCAAGCCACGCAGCUGUUGUUUAUGAAUGUCUUGUAAUAUUGGAAUUGUUAUACACACGCCUCUGCGAAUUGAAGUAG